UCACUCCUCUUUCUCCAGGCAAUUGCUCAGCCCUGUCCCCACCAGAAAGCUGUUCCUGAAAUUUAGUCUUAUCAUCGGCCUUAAAUCUCUCGACCCUUUUGGUGUUUUCUUCGUGAAUCCUGAUAGUUUUUUUUGGGAAGAUGAGAGAUAGCAUGAAGAGCAACCCGUUGCAACUGAAGUCCCUGAACCACAUCUCCUUCGUCUGCAGAUCAGCCGAGGAGUCCAUCGACUUUUACCAGAAUGUUCUCGGCUUCGUCCCCAUCCGUAGGCCCGGUUCUUUCGAUUUUGAUGGCGCAUGGCUCUUUGGUUUUGGAAUCGGUAUCCAUCUGUUGCAGUCGGAGGACCCCGAAAGUAUGCCGAAGAAGACUGAGAUCAACCCGAAAGACAACCACAUCUCUUUCCAGUGCGAGAGCAUGGGGGCAGUGGAGAAGAAGCUGAAGGAGAUGGGAAUCGACUACGUGCGGGCGAGAGUAGAGGAAGGGGGGAUCCAGGUGGACCAGCUCUUCUUCCACGACCCCGACGGGUUCAUGAUCGAGAUUUGCAACUGCGACAGCCUCCCCGUCAUCCCGCUGGCCGGCGAGGUUGCCCGCUCCUGCUCCCGGGUCAACAGCCUCCAGAUGCUGCAGCCCCGGAUCAAGCAGGUGCUCCAGCAGUAGGAGCAUCUGAUCAA